CGCUUUCACAUUGACUACUUCGAAACUUAGAAUAUAAUUGCAUUUAUUUCUUUUUGAUGUACGGAUUAUUUACUGUUGAUGCCAUGUUGCUUAUUUUUGUAAUUAUCAACUCUUUUGGAACAUCUCAAAGUUUAGGAAAUAAAUUUGCGACAUCUUUUUUUUGAGAUAGAGAAAGUUUUUCAGUUUCCAAAAAAUGACACUUCACUUUCUUUAAUACAAGCAAAGUCAUUGAUUUCAUGCAGUUUUCAUUGUCAGAAAUUAGAAUCGCAAUCGUUUUACUAUUUUGAAAAUAAUGCAAAAUGUUUCUGCUGUUCCGGUCAUGACAAUAACACUGGUGAGGAGGGGCAGACUGACUUUAAUAUUAUCCAUGGGAAAAGAACAGAGAUGGUUACAACAACGUAUACUCAAACAAAAAGAGUACACAAGCAACCAGAGCCAUUUGACUGUCUGGAGCUUUAUCAACAAGGCUAUAGCGAGGACGGUACUUAUGUGAUUAAACCAACUGGAAGUAUUACUUCUGAUGUGUGGUGCGAUAUGAAAAAUGGUGGAUGGACAGUUAUACAACGACGACUGGAUGGGUCAGAAAACUUCUACAGAACAUGGACGGAUUAUGUUUGUGGAUUCGGUAACAUAUCAGGAGAGUACUGGAUUGGCCUUGAGAAUAUACAUUGGCUUACUACUAUAGACAGUUCUUUGAGAAUUGAAAUGGAAGCAUUUGAAGACGUGUCAACUACACUUGUGUCACUUACCCAUGCUUAUGCGCAGUAUCACAUGUUCAGGGUUGACGACGAAGAUUCAAAUUUUAGAUUGCAUGUAAAUGGUUUCUCCGGAAACUGCGGUGAUAGUCUCAGUGCACAUGAUGGAAAUAUGUUCUCGACUAAAGAUAGGGAUAACGACGUUUGGUACAACAACUGUGCUCAAAUAUACAAAGGAGCAUGGUGGUAUAAAUAUUGUCAUCAAAGCAAUUUGAAUGGACUAUACUUAUCGGGGAAUCACUCUACGUAUGCUGAUGGUAUAAACUGGAAAACGUGUUGGGGUCACUUUUAUUCUAUUCGCACUGUCGAUAUGAAGGUGAAAAGAAAUUAAGAACAGUUCUGUGAGAAAUAAAAUGUAACCCCGAACCGACUGCAUUAUAUAUGAGUAUAUUUAAAGUAUCACGCCUCCUAAUUUAUGUUAAUUUUCAUGAACCUUUUGGAAAUGUAUUUAAAAGUAAAAUAUUGUAAGAUGAACAAAAUAAGCAAUUUAUAUCUUGCAAUCGGCACUAACAAACCAGGAAAAAUACCAAAAAGUGGUCAAUAUAUAUGCAAAAACAGCCCUUACUCCGUUGGUAUCUCAAAAGGAAUAUGGUGAUAAAAUACUUUAAAAGCAGGCUUAAACCGCAUAUAGUAUGUAAAAUAUCACUUGGAUCUUGAAUGUUUUACCUUUCUUAAAAUUUUAGAACAUUUUUCUCAAUAUUGAUGUUCUUGGCUCAACUUGAGGCAAGCAGCUUUAAUACAGUAAUACAUGUAUUAUCAAAAAUGUAGCUCAAUUGUGAACAUGUAAUCAUUCUCGAUUUUUUACAUUUGUUAAAUUGUUUCAGUGGAAAGAAAUUAUGUAAGUUCAACCAGGAUACGUACGAAAAUUCUAAGUAAAUUACUGCCUUAAAAUGACCAGUAUAAUAUGUAAUUUUAUAUUUAAUCCCUAAAAAUUAAAAAGCACUGUUUAUCAGAAUGAUUAUUUGAAAUGACCAGCCCUCUUCAAUGGAAAGUAUCACUGCUGUUUUUAUUUUUACGCUAACUUGAAAACCAGCUUAAAUGUUGUGAGUAGUUUGUUUAGAUAGUUUGUUAUAAAUCAGUACCUGGAACAACUUUGGCCGCAUAUGAAAUGAAAUAGAAACUGCUUAUUGGGGUAUUAAAAGUCUCUGUGGUAAGCUGUAAAACAGAAUCAGCGACAUUUAAGGAAGUAUAUCGAACAAUUGACUAUAACUUCAUUUCAAUAAAGGAUUAAAGGAAAACUGAAGUGAUAACAUAGACUGUUAAUCAGUUAAAGAACAACUUCAAAAAUGUUUGAAACAAAAUAAUGCUAUUAGGCUGAGCAUAUGAUGUAUGUGCUUUUUUAAUGUUCUCAAAAUGGUCUGAUGAAAAUAAUGUUAAUCAUGUUGUCUCCUCGUGAAAUGAAAUACAUCAUAAUGAUUUACAUAAACAAGGCGGUAUGAUUGUACAUUUAUAUAUCUAUAAUUUAAAAGAUAUUUAUAUGUGAAAAUGUAAUUGUCUCCGAACCUGUAUGCACCGAAUCAAAACUGUGGUACAGUGUUUACCCUUUUUUCAUCUUUUUCUUUUCUCCUUUCUUUCAUUGUCAAACAAUUGUUAUUUCACCAAAUGAAAAUAUGUAAAGGUAAAAAACGUUUUUUAAUAUGUUUUUAAUGCACUUGUAUUAUAAACAACGUCAAGUAUUUUAUAACAUGUCAUGUCAUAUUGCGAGAUUUAAUUUGCUUUAAACGAUUUAGCAAAGUUUUGAUUUAAGACGAUAAGUAAACGAAAAUCUUCUGUCAAUGUUUGCUAGUAAUUCAUUCAUGUGAAUGUAUCCAAUAUUACAACAUAUAUUAAAGUCAUUGUUUUGUUUAGUUUAUACAAAUUGUAUUUUAGUUUGAUUGUGUUGGAAGCUCUUAGCUUAUUGAAACACUGUCGAUUGUUUCCUUGAAGCAACCAGUUCUAAUAAGUGUUUAGUUUCUUGCUCACUGAAACAAAGGCUUGUCUCUGAUCAGGUUUGAACCCGAAUGGCCAAACAUCCUCUGAUUACUAGUCCGACGCGUGCGUUACCACUCGGCAAUGUCGCCACUCUAAAUGUUUUGUUUAAAAGUAAGAUGUAUUGUAUAUGUCUACGCAUUUGAUUUCAUUGCUGUUUCGAAAAGAUUCAUAAUAUCACCAGAGGUACUUACCGAAUAGUUGUUUACAGGAAAUGUACUUAGAACAUAAUUAAUUAAGCAGAUUAUUGAAAACAUAAUCUGGAUUUUAUUAACUUAUAUAAAAAGUUGUUUUUCAAAAGGCUUAAAAGCAACUUUAAAUUAUAAAUUGACAAAAAUUAGUAAUGUGCAUACUAGGGUCCGUAAAUGGUCUUAUAAAUUUAUAAAUUGGUCCUUAUUUGAUUAUAUUUGUGUUAAUUACUUAGCAAUAUCACUUCCCCUCUCCGCCUUUUGCGCUAUUGUCUGUGUUCCAUUUCUGUUUGGUGACCAAAUGUUUCUAAACGUUAUUUAGGGCUGCGUCUGUGAAAGGUUCUCUUCCCUUAUUUAUAUAUAUCUUGUUUUGUCGCCGACGGUAAAUAUCUCCUUCCUCUAAUUUUGCCAAUUAUGAA